UCAUAUGAUCAGAAUUAACUCCAGUGGGAGGAGGAGGCGGUCUUCAUCGUCUUCUCUGAAAUAGAGCUGUACAGUCCUCUCAGCACUCGCCUGUAGCUUCUGCCGGACAGUGCUGUCUUUCGGGGAUUUGCUUCACAGUUUCGUCAUUUUGCGUGCUGCUCAAAUAGCUGUGUGUGAACUUUCACUUAGAAAGCCAAAGGACUACUUUUGGAUUUUAUUCUUUACGUCAUCAUCGCUCACAUUCCAUUACUGACUAUCAACUCUGAGAAAGCUGUCUGCGGUGCUCGUCUUCUGGAGUCAUGUUUUCCAAGGCCACUGCCAACUUCGUCCGUGAGAUUGACCCCGAAGGACUUCUCAUCCACGUCUCUCGAGUAAAUGACUCACACAAACUGGUUCCCAUGGCGCUCGUGGUCAAACGCAAGCGCUGGUUUUGGCAGAGAUCCAGGUACCAACCAACAGAUUUCAGUCUCGGCGACUUGUUGCUGGGUGACAAGGAGCUCAUGCCGGGAGUGUCAGAGUCAGAAUUCUUGACCUACAAGGGGACAUAUGGAGCUAAACUUGCUAGUGAGCUGGGUCCUGAAGCCGCCUCUGCCAGUAUCAGACUGGAGGGGCGUGGCACUACCAAGCUCCAGUCAUGUUUUGGCCAGCUGAAGAAAGAGGAGGUGAAUGUGAAGAAGCUACUACUUGACUCUGACAACAGGUUGGUGGACAUGCAGCACGUGCUGGUGAGGCAGAUAGAGAAGCGGGCUGAGGUGGUGGGGCUAGUGAAGGAGAGGAUCCUCACCACCAGCCCCUGCUCCAUCACCCAGACAAAAGUGGAAGAGUGCACCUUUCAAGGGGUGCUCGGGCUGGUUGGCAUGCUGGGGAGCUCAGUUAAGGUGUGUGUGAAGGACAGCAACAGCAUUGAGAUAGACAGCGAUGUUUCCGUGGAGAUCCCUUCUGGUACAGUCAUCGCGUACAGCAUCCUGGAACUGGAGGUUAAAAAAGACGGACAAUACUACAUAUGUCUACAGCCUGGUGCAAUAGGAGGCUUUGAGUCAGACUCAAUCUCGAGGUCCUGGCCUUCUGAUGAUUCCUUCGACACAGUGGAUGGAAAGUGCAACGAGCAGAAGGUUCCACAGAAAGCACCCCUUAUUGCACUUCAUAAUGAAUCGCAGGAAAAAGUCCUUUCUCCUCUGGCAAAGCUCCCCCAGCCGACCCGAUGGGCUUUAUUCAAGAAGCUCCAAGAAACUCUGAGUGACAGAGCUGCUCUGUCAUAUCUGCAGCUUGUGCUUGAAGAUUUGUGUAGCAAUGAAAUACACAAUGGGACCCCAAAAGAAGAGCAACCCAGUGCAGAGAGUCCCACUGAAAGCACCCUAAAUGCAGCAUACCUGUUGGUCAGUGCCAUGGAAGAGUUGCCCGAUGAAACUCUGGAACUUCUGAGCAAGAGCGCUCCUGAUUUUCUGCAGGCCUUCAACAUGCUGGUGUGCAAGCUAAAGACCAGCGAUGUUCUCAACAUUCAGUCUCUUCCUGCCCUGCUGCAGGAUAACCAGGCCUUUCAGCUGGCAGAGCAGCUACUUUCCUCCACCAGUGUGAUGCUAAGGAGAGACGCUGACCGCCUGUGGAUGGAAACCAGAGAUAAUGCAGGAGUCCUCCCAGUGGUCCUCUUCCUCAGCAUCCAUGGAUUGUGUUUGCUCUGCAAUGCACUUUAAUAGUUGUAGUGCCUGAGUGUGCACUCCCUCUUCUUUUUUAUUGAUUGUAUUUGCACCAUUUCUUUUUUUAUUGUAAAAUCUUAUUACAUGUAAGCUUGCUAUAGUUUGUUACAAGACUUUUUCAUAUUAUCAUCAUUAUUGCUUUUAAAAUAUUGCUUUAGAUUUGUUACAGAGCAGGGGAAUUUUUUUUUCCUAAAUAUGUUUUUAUUAUUUACAACAAACAUUGUAUAACAUGUAUUUUGAAAAAAAGAAAUAUAUAUUGAUAGAUAGUGAUUAAUUGAAGGAUUUGAUAUAUUGUGGGGCAGCUCUGAUAUGAUAUAUUGUUUCAUUUUCUUACUUUUCACAGAGUUUGAUUAGACACCUUAGCAGGGUUCUUGAACUCCAGUCCUCGAGGGCUGGUGUCCUGAAACUUUUCCAUGUGUCCCUGUUGCAACACACCUGAAUAAAAUUAGUAGGUCAUUAGCAAGAGUAUAGAACUUGAUUGCAUGCUGACGUGGCAACCCAUAACCCUACUCAAGUGUUUGGAAAAAUGUACUUCUAAAAGUACUUUUAUUGCACCAGAUUCAUUCACUCAUGAGCUGCUGUAACAUGAAUCAAAUGCUCUUGCUAAUGACCUACUAAUUGUAUUCAGGUGUGUUGCAACAGGGACACAUGGAAACAUUUCAGGACAACGGCCCUCGAGGACUGGAGUUCGAGACCCAUGCCUUACAGUAAUCUGUCCUACAAGUUCAAUCCAGACGUUCUUAUCUGCUAGUUUUUGGUACACAAUUUUUUUUAUUUUUUAGUAAAUCUCAUCUUUUAGAAAAUUUACUAACCAGGGAUCACUUGAAAGGCGAUUAAGCUAAAGGCAGUUCAGAUUUCUCAGCUCAAGAAAUGUUUACAUGUUGAUGAUUUUAUACGGAAGCGUAGAGCUGCCACCCAGGGAAAAGAAAAAUAGAGCUAUAU